AGGCUUGGUCGAGACUGCGGGAGAGGUGGGCAGAGGAAUUACCAGAGUGGAAAGCAGAGAAAUGGGCACAAGAGAGCGACGGGGGGUCAGCGAAACGAGCGUGGCCCAGAGGAUAAGAGGAAUGUGAAAGGACUCAGAUCAGGGGCGUGGACUCCGAUGAAAAGGCGGGGCCACGGAGUAGCGUAUGGGAUGCAAGUGACGUAACAAAAAGGAGGGCCCUGGUGUAGGCGCAGUUGCCCCGUCCUGGAGCUAGAGGGGAAGAACCUACCAAAUACAGACGCUGUUGGUGGCUGUAAUUCUUUGUGGCGUGAGUUGAAAGCUACUGCUCAGAGGAUGCUGGAAAGUCGUUGUUAUUAGUGUUCCUUCAAGUUACUUGGGAGCUGAUCAAGACUUCAAGCUAAAGAUGGUGAUGAUGAGUCGCCUGAGGGUCAUUCUUCAAGCCUCUCCAUGCAAUGCACAGUGGAGAAGGUUCCAGAUUCCGAGGUCCAUGCUAGCAAGGCCCUGCAGCCUCUACACCUGUACUUACAAAACCCGGAACCAAGCCUUGCACCCUCUCUGGGAGAGCGUGGACCUGGUCCCGGGGGGUGAGCGCCAGUCGCCCAUCAACGUCCGGUGGAGGGACAGUGUCUACGAUCCUGGCUUAGAACUGCUCACCAUCUCUUACGACCCGACCACCUGCCUCCGCGUCUGGAAUAACGGGUACUUUUUCCUCGUGGAACUUGAAGACUCUGCAGAUAACUCAGUGGUGUUUCAACUGUACUUGGUACAUCAGAAUGCAAUCCAAUUUGAAAGCUUUGAGGAUGCAGCACUGGAGGAAGAUGGUUUGGCUAUGGUAGGAAUAUUUUUUAAGCUAGGCAAAUAUCAUAAAGAGCAACAGAAACUGGUGGAUACUACGGCUUCAAUUACGCAUUAGGACAUGCUUGUGGAAUUUGGGUCAUUCGACCCUUCCUGUCUGAUGCCUACCUGCCCAGAUUACUGGACCUACUCAGGGUCCCUGACUAUCCCACCACUCUCUGAGUCUGUCACUUGGAUCAUUAAGAAGCAGCCCAUAGAGGUUGAUCGUGAUCAGCUUGAGCAAUUUCGGACCCUGCUCUUCACUUCUGAGGGGGAGAAACAGAAAAGAAUGGUGGACAACUUCCGCCCCCUUCAGCCCCUAAUGAACUGUACUGUCCGCUCAUCCUUCCCUCACGACUAUGUGCUGAACAUACAAGCAAAGCCCAAGUCAUCUACCAGCCAAGUGACCCCCUUAGACGCCAUUAUCUAG